GUUAAAAAAUAUUCGAUUAUGUCGGAGUUCAUUACGCGACGGUUUCUUUGGAGUUUGCUGCUUCUCUGUGCCGAUUGGCCGACUUUCACGCACGCCGCCUGCAAUACCUGCUCUGCUGAAACUAAUCUGGCUUGCGUCUCCAACAGCCAAUUUAAGGUGUGCGACAAUGGCUCACCAAUUGCGAAUGCGCUAGAUUGCCCCACAGAAUAUGUUUGCUCCACAGCUACCACGAGCAUUUGCCAGCCCAGUGGAGGCGUCGGUGUGGUAGCUGAUUGUGCCGAUUGUAACACCUGCGAUGCUACCAAUACCUUUGCCUGCACUGGCGUCGGUACAUACGCCUUGUGCCUGGGCACAACAACAGUCAGUAACUUGACCGGCUCCUGUGAGCCAGAUCACAUUUGCAGCACUGAUUAUGAAUACAUCUGUGGUAGUGCCACAUUAGGG